AUGGAUGACGUUAAGCCAUGUGGAGAAAUCGGUUCCGACGAUUCUACGGCAAUGUUAGAUAGUUUAGGUGGUGCUUCAAGAAAAAUUGCUAUAUGUAUUCAAAAUUCUUCACAAUAUAUUUUUGAAGGACCACAAUAUUACAUUGCUUCAGGAGAUGAACCUCGUAAACCGCCGCCUACAAGAAUAGAAACAAACAAAGGUUUUAUUUGGGGUCUUACCUCUAACAAGGUUGGAGAUCCAAUUAGAGGAGUCUUGGUGUACAAAAUAAAAGGUGAACGAAAAGUUCUCGCCUUUUUGUGGAAAGUUACCGCAUAUCAAAAUGAGUAUCAGAACUCAUGGGCUAUUAAUGUAUUGGAUAUGUUUAGAGAUCCUACUCCAGAUAAUAUUAUAAAUACUUCAUUUAAUCUAAGCUCUAUAUCUUAA